GACACGGAAGAGCAGGGGAGGGAGAAGCUGGGAGAGCGAGAGAAAGCGGGGCUGUGGAGUGGGAGAAAACACGGGGAAUUACACUUGGCAGAAAAGACACGCAUUAGAGAGGACAGAGCUUUCCGAGUGGACAUCCCUCCCCCCCGCCCCGCCACACUGCACUCAUCCUCCUUUACCGUGUUGUUUCUCGGGGCUGUCACACCACAUUGGACUCGGAGGGAAGCGACACCGAUCGCCGUGCAGCCCAUUCAGAGCCCAUGGGGUAACAGAAUUGUGGAAGAGAGGCUUUUGUUCAGAUACCCAGAUGAACAACAGGAAGGAGGACAUGGAGAUCUCCUCUCACUACCGUCAGCUCCUUCGAGAGCUCAACGAGCAGCGGCAGCACGGCAUCCUCUGUGACGCCUGUGUCAUCGUGGAUGGAAAGAUCUUCAAGGCCCACAAGAACGUCCUCCUGGGCUCCUCACGUUACUUCAAGACUCUUUACUGCCAGGUUAAAAAAGGUUCAGAGCCUCAUCAUCAGACUACAGUCACUCAUCUGGAUAUCGUGACGGCGACAGGCUUCAAAGCCAUUCUCGACUUCAUGUACUCUGCUCACCUCGCCCUCACAAGUAAGAACGUCAUUGAGGUCAUGUCUGCGGCCAGCUACCUGCAGAUGACAGACAUCGUCCAAGCGUGCCACCGCUUCAUCAAGGCCGCCCUCGACAUCAGCAUCCGCUCCGAGAUGGCUGACGAACUGGCCGAAUUUGAAAUGGGACCCGUCGUCACGGCUGGCAUUGGAGGUGGCGGUGGAGGCGGCGGAGGUGGAGUUGGCAUAACUGGAGCAGGGGGAGUACCCGGAGUGGGCUUGGGAGGCGGUGGGAUAGUAGGAAUGGCUUCCGAAGCCCUCGCCUCCAUCAUGUCUGGUCGCAGCACUUCUCCCUGGCUGGCACGUCGCACAAGCCCCGCCAACUCCUCCGGGGACUCUGCCAUCGCCAGCUGUCACGAGGGAGGCAGCACGUAUGGCAAGGAGGACCAAGAACCCCCCAAAAGUCACGAGAGCCAGGAGGAAACCUGUCACGACUCUCAGCCUGCUUGGCCGCAUGACUACAGACCUGUUAGCGUCAAAGAGGAGCAGGUGUCUCCUGCCUCUUCCUCGCACCCCCGGGACAACCCCAGGGGUGCAGCCCAGAGCCAACGGGAUCCGGUGAUAGGGGGCCCAAAUGCAGGUGGGGAUGGAUCCUGGCAGCCCUUAUCAGGAUCGGGAAGGAGGAAGAACAGGAAGAACAAGGACACAGUCAGACAUAUAACCCAGCAGGCGGAGAGGAACUGGGAAGGAGAGCGGCAAAGGGAGAGAGACAGAGACAGCAGGCCUGGAUCUCCGCUUCCAUCCAUGCUAGCUGUGGCCGGCUGGAACUACAAUGGACAGGAUAUCCCAGACGCAGACAUGACCGAGCCCAACAGCUCCGACAGCCGCGGCGAACGCCUCGACUUCUUUCUCAAACAGGAAGAGGCUCUCGCAGCGGAGCCGGGCUUCCUGGGUCCCAACGAAUCAGAGGAGGCGGGAGGUGGCGGAGGCAGAGGCGGCAGUGGGAUGCUCUCGUCGGUAGCCAACCUGAAGGCGGCGCUGAUGAGUAAGAACAGCUUGCUGUCACUGCGGGCUGAGAUGAUAGGAGAUGAUAACCCCUUGCUCUAUGAGUACCUUCCCAAAGGAGGACAUUCCUUGACAUGGCUCCGCUCCAACAACUACUGCAGCACGCUCCGUCCAGGGGCCACAGGGGCCACAAUUCAUAACAAACAGGGGGCUGGCAACUCUCCUCCUCCUCCCCCUCCUACUCUUCUUCCUCCUCAUCUUCGACCAACACCGUUACCGCCAUCAUCAUCAACAUCAUCGUCAUACCGCCCCGCCACCACGCCCACUCCCCCGCUGCCCGCUGAGCCUCGGUCCCUGGAGGCCCCCGGUUUGCAGGCGGGGGCACCCCGGCUACGCUCAGACAACUUGGACAUGGAAGUAGAAGAGGCCCCCGAGGGCCUGGAGUCCUCCACCCUGCCUGAGGACUGUGGAAAAAAAAAAGACGAGCUGAAGGACUAUAACUCAGGCUUGGAAGAUGACCAGUCUCCUAGUGAGACGGAUCAGAUGGCCAAAGCGACUUGUGCUGGUUCUCUGACGGUGCCUACGUCAGUGUUCAUGGGUUACGGCAAGAUGGAGGCUCUGGCGGCGGUGACCAAAGAGACUAAAUCAGGGGUCCUGCCAGAAACCAGUCACUGGACCUCGCAGGGGUUUGCUUGCUCCCUGUGCAAGCGGCUGUUCAGCAGUCUGGAGUAUCUCCGAGAGCACGAGUACCGCCAUACCUUGUCUCUCAUGGCUAUGUCCCUGGACUGGCCAAGCGUGGCCAGCCAGUCUCAGUUUCUGCACUACCCCCAGUCAUUGUAUCGACCCACCGCGGUCGAACCAACCCCUGUGCGCUACCUCUGUUCGCAGUGCCCGGCGAGCUUCACCCUUAAAUCCAACGCAGACCGCCACGAGAAGACCAUCCAUUUUAAGAAAAAGCUCAUGCAGUGUGUCUACUGUCUGAAGCAUUUCAGGGACCGCACAGACCUGCACAGACACCUGUCCUCGGUGCACUCCAAAGAGAGGGGCCACGUUUGCCCGGCGUGUGCAAAGUCUUUUAGCACCCAGAAGAACCUGGCCACCCACAUCAAAGUAUGCUGCCAGGUGGGGUCUGUGCCGGGAACUGUGCUAGGCGGUAGCACGAGCACCUCUCAGGAUGGUGAUCAAGUCCCUCUAUGGAGGCUUUCUGAAGAGAUGAAUGUUGAAAUGAGUGAGCAUAGCAUUUUGGACAUAGCCAACUGAGAAAAAUUCAUGCUGAUCAUAUGAUGAGAAGGCUCCCUUACAAAAUCACUUCGAGCCACUGCUGUGCAAGUUCUUACGCCAGCGGGCUGCACACCUUCCAAAAAGUUCCAGUUUUUCUUUUUAACCCUCAAGACUUGAAUAUUUCCAAGACUUUUGGAGAAACGCUCUGUGGACUGAUGAGUCAAAACAAUUUUGGAAGGUGGGCAGAUAAUUCCGCCACAGCGGUGUAAAAGACUCAUCAGCAAUUAUCACAAACGUUCAAUUAUUGCUGCCAAAUGUGGCACAACUCGCUAUUAGGUUCAGGGUGCAAUUACGUUUUCACAGACGGUCAGAUAGGUUUCUAUUAAUUUUGCCCCUUGGUGAAUAUCGUUUACAAACUGCAUUUUAUAUAUCCCUGAGUUGUUUCAGUGGGAUAUUGAUAAUGGUUUGAAGAAAUGAAACCUUUGCCAGUUAAAAAUAUGCAAAACAAAACUGAAAUCAGUGCAUACUGUACAUUUUUAAAAACAUUUUUAUGCUAUAAACUCAAUAUAUUUUUGUAUUUAAUCUAAAACUUAAAAGUGAAUCAAUUUACACGAUGAUAGUGAAAAUGUCUAUGCAAAGCAAGUCUCAUUACUGUUUAAUGAGUUGAUGUGUUCAGUACUUGAAGUUCUCACGGAUCGGAUAAUCACUUAUUGUGAUGCCAGGCAGCAACUUUUCGUUUUCCCCCCCAAACGAUAUCUUUGUAUGAACCCCUCAAUUAGAAAGAAAGCCCAAUUCAAAAUAAUUCCAAUCUGGCAGAAUGUGUUGUAGCUAAACAACACCGCCAUCUGCAGGACAUCAGUUGCACUGCUCAUUCAGAAACCAUCCAACUAUCAUCCGAGCCGCUUCAUCUUCUCAAAGUUCGCCUGUGUGGUCUAUCCCAGCUAAAAGAUGCUUUAAGACACAUUUACAAGACUUUUGUGUCCACCUCCAGGUGCAGGAUUAGCAGUAGUUUUUAUAUUGUCACCAUAAUAACCUGAGGUUGUCUGCAGUGCAGAUGGAAAGGCUGAGCUGGACAGGACAAAGCAAGGUAAAACAAUGAGCCAGUGGCAGUAAGCUGGGGGUUGGGUAGUGUCAUUUUCUUUCCAUCCUACAUCUGAGAGUGGCAAGAGACCUCAGGCCUGUAAUUGGUCCUCUGUGGCUACAGCCCUCCUUAACCUUUGACCCUGAAUCAAAAGCGGAAGCGGGGAGAGUGGGGCAGAUGCCCUUUAGACCCGAUGAGUUCAGUGACGUCACUGGUGCAGGAGGGAUAAUGAUGGGCUCAGUACUAAAACAAAGGAACUAUCUGCAGGAAAUUGGACAAUGGACUCUCCGUGUCCACCGGUUUAGUUAAAUUCACCCUAAUAUCUGCCAAAGAUUUCUCCUCAGAGUUUACAAUAUUUAAUACAAUAGAAUUGUGGUCGGCAUGGCAAUCUGCUUUUUUCUUGACAAUCAAUCACGCCAUAUUGUUUGAGUCUCAAUGAACAAAUUGUACAGUAGUAGUUGUUUACCAAUUAUAAUGCCAGGAGGUGCAGUUUUCCCAGGCGGCGCGUAGGUUAUUUGGAGAAGGGUGGUGGGCAGCUUUUUUUUCCCCCCAGGUUCUUUUUGAUACCAGCUCCCCACAUGCCAAAUCCUUUCGGACAAAAGAAAAAUCUCAGGUAGCACAGAAGCUGCAACAGGUGGAAGAUAAGGACAAAUCAGGAUCGCUUUUUAAGAUUUAUAUAUUACAGAAGAGUGUGUUGCUGCUUAUUCAGAUGUGUUUUAUCUUUUGAAAAGGUGCUGUAUAAUAGAUGUACUUUUCUAAAAAAAAAAAAAAGACUUUGAGAUCAUGUUUGAGUGCUGAAAUGAAACGUUAAUAAAACGUGCAAACUCC